CAACUCGUACAGAGUUGACGUACGCUAAAAAUUCUAGUGUGUUUACUUUGAACCGACGUUGUGUCUACUGCAUAAUGAUUAUGGAAAUAUUUAUAUUAACUUUUUGUAUGCACUACUUUAAUCAUGCUGAAGGAGUAUCAAUAAGACAAACAAGGGAUAUUUCCCCUAUCAUCUACCCGGGACCGUAUAAGGGUGUCACCGACAACAGGUAUGGGUCCCCCGACGACGACCUGCCCAGCCAAUGCAAAAACAAGAAUUACUGCUCCAUUAAACCGCCUGGCUACCCUCAGGAUAGAUACAACAAGUUAUUUAAAGGAUCUAAAACAGUGUCGCAGCCUACCCUCAUAAUAUCUCAGAUCGAAGACAGAUUAGAAGAUCCAGAUGAACAUGACGGCUGCGAAUCUGAUGUAUCUUACGAACCUCUGUACAAAGUGCGAACAAAACGCGGUGACUGGCGUUUCGUGGUACAGGCACCAGAAGAAAAUUACGUGCAAAUGGUACGAUUGGAGACUUGCAGAGAGCCUGGUACCAGCUGCUUCACAGAUAUAGGCACAUUUAAUGGUAUUACAACAAUGUGCAAACAGAAAACAAGCACAUGGGAAUUCUUAGUUGACAACGGACGCAACGGCACCGAGAAGGCAAAGGUUGAUCUCCCAGUCUGCUGCUCCUGCCAUUACAGGAUUAUUUAAACUGUUUUACGGUUACUUACAAUUGUACACAUUAUACAGACUAGUGGUUACCCAAACUACGUCCCCUCCGAUGAUCCCCCAUCCGCCCCCCGAUCGAUCCCCCGUCCAAUUCAAAUGCGGAUCGAAAUUACGGCGGCCUGAGCCGAGGUUCGAAACCCUAGCGAUACCCUCAGACGAAAGUCGUAUCUGACAGGCUAGAGUUCGGCUCCA